GUGUAAGUCACACAGAGCCCGUGGCCGCGAUGACUGGCGCUCGCUCUCCGCGGGAAUGAUCUGAUCUGACGGCUGCGGAGGGUCAGCGGUGCUCUGUGAAGUCAUGGCCGCUCAGUGCGAACCCUUAAGCGGAUACUUACAGCAGUCCGAUCCGGGCUCCAACAGCGAGCGCAGCGCCGACUCCCCUCUGCCCGUGUCUGAGGAUGACUCCAGCGGACCCACGGCGCCUCCGGACCCCGAGUGGACCGAGGAGAGGUUUCGAGUGGACCGGAAAAAACUGGAGAUCAUGCUGUUAGCUGCCACGGAGGGGCGAGUCAACGGAGGUGAGGACUUCUUUCAAAAGGUCAUGGAGGAGACAGAUACUCAGAUCGCAUGGCCUUCCAAGCUGAAGAUCGGUGCUAAGUCAAAGAAAGAUCCUCAUAUCAAAGUUAGCGGUAAGAGAGACAAUGUGAAGGAAGCCAAGGAGAAGAUCAUGUCUGUCCUGGACACAAAGAGUAAUCGGGUGACUCUAAAGAUGGACGUCUCACAUACCGAGCACUCGCAUGUCAUCGGCAAAGGGGGAAACAAUAUCAAGAAGGUGAUGGAGGACACGGGCUGUCACAUCCACUUCCCCGACUCCAACCGCAACAACCAAGCUGAGAAGAGCAACCAGGUGUCCAUAGCCGGCCAGCCAGGAGGAGUGGAGGCCGCCAGAGCCCGAAUUCGGGAGUUACUUCCGCUGGUGUUGAUGUUCGAGCUGCCAGUCAUAGUACAGCUGAACCCUGACCCCAGUUCUCCUGCCAUCCAGCACAUCUCCCAGACGUACAACAUCUCUGUGGCCUUCAAACAAAGGUCCAGACUCUAUGGAGCAACAGGAGUAGUGCGGGGCUCACAGAAUAAUGCUGCAGCCGUGAAGAGGGGUACGGCGGUGUUACUGGAGCACCUCGCGGGCAACCUGGCCAGCGCCAUCACGGUCAGCACGCAGCUUGACAUCGCGCCCCAGCACCACCUCUUCAUGAUGGGCCGAAACGGCAGCAACAUCAAGCACAUCAUGCAGCGUACAGGAGCACAGGUCCACUUCCCAGACCCCAACUGCCCACAGAAGAAAUCCACCGUCUAUGUGCAGGGAACCAUUGACUCUGUGUGUCUGGCUCGUCAGUACCUGAUGGGCUGCCUGCCACUGGUGCUGAUGUUUGAUAUCAAAGAGGACAUCGAGGUGGAACCGCAGUGCAUUACUUCCCUAAUGGAACAGCUCGAUGUGUUCAUUAGUGUCAAACCCAAACCCAAGCAACCCAGCAAGUCAGUGAUAGUGAAGAGUGUGGAGAGGAACGCUCUGAACAUGUACGAGGCCAGGCGUUAUCUGCUGGGUUUGGAGAGCAGUGGUGUAUCGGUCCCCUCCAGCACCAGCAGCAACAGCAGCAGUACACCUUCUGCCCCUGCUCCACCUCCACCUCUCACCUGCCCCGUUGGCCUUGACAUCCUGGCCUCUGCUGGCCUCGGCCUCACCAGCCUGGGCCUGCUAAGACCAACGACGGCCUCCAUGACAGGACCCUCCACCAACUCCCUUCUCAAUGCUCUCAACAGCUCCAUCAGCCCAUUACAGUCAUCCACCUCUGGAACACCCAGCCCCAAUCUCUGGCCCAACUCACUGACCAGUCCUGCCAGCACUGCAGGUUUCUCAUCACCCUUGAUGAUCCAUCCAGCCACCCAGGCCACUCUAACCAGCAUCUUGCUGUCAGGGGUGCCAGGCUACACCCAGAACACUCCGUCCCCUCCUCCUGGUCUCGCCCCCAUAGACGCCCAAGUCAACGGAGUAUCAGACUGCAGUAAAGCCGUGUCUCCCCUUAGUAGCAAACAGCCCGGCACCAUGUACAGCAGAAUGUCUGCAGCAGCUCUGGCAGAUAAAGUUCUGACCGCAGCUCAUGGCGACUCCGUGCAGGAAGCCAGUCCCCACUGCCCUUCUGAACCACUGUCCAGCAAGUCCAGCCAAGACCAAGGAUCAGAUACGUUCGUGGAGGUGGGCAUGCCUCGAAGCCCUUCUCACUCGGGAAACAGCAAUGAACUGAAGCAGAUGUUGGCGUCUUGUAAGACGACGUCAGGAAAGAGGCAAGCCCUGGAGCUUCUUCAGGGCACCAAGAACUCCCUCCUGCAUUCAGACUGUCUGUUGUCAGACUCUGACUCCAGCGCCUCAGAGAGUCCGGUGGCUGAUAAACGCGCUCCAGGAAGUGAAAGAGCCGCCGAACGGGCCGCUCAGCAGAACUCAGACAGAAUCCGCCUGCCGCCCCAGUCCUCCUUCCCCAACAUGCAGGCGUUUGACUACGAGCAAAAGAAGUUAUUGGCAACCAAAGCCAUGUUAAAGAAGCCGGUGGUCACGGAGGUCCGAACCCCUACUAACACGUGGAGUGGUCUGGGAUUCUCAAAGUCUAUGCCUGCAGAAACUAUUAAGGAGUUGCGCCGGGCUAACCAUGUGUCUUAUAAACCUACCAUGUCAACUACAUAUGAGGGGUCGCCUCUAGCCCUGUCCCGCUCUAACAGUAGAGAGGGGGUGGCGAGUGGCAGUGACUCGGAUAACUGGAGGGAAAGGAAUGGGAGCGGGCUCCCAGCACACGGAGACUUCCCUUCUCCCAUCAGCCCCAAAAGGAAGCAGAACAAAACAGAGCACUACCUAAGCAGCAGCAACUACAUGGACUGCAUCUCGUCGGUGACGGGAACUAAUGGCUGUAAUCUCAACACGUCUUUCAAAGGAUCGGAUCUGCCUGAGCUCUUCAGUAAACUUGGCCUCGGGAAAUACACCGACGUCUUCCAGCAGCAGGAGAUUGACCUUCAGACGUUCCUCACGCUGACGGAUCAGGACCUGAAAGAGCUCGGCAUCACUACAUUUGGAGCCCGCAGGAAAAUGCUGCUGGCCAUUUCAGAGCUGAAUAAGAACCAAAGAAAGUUCUUUGAGCCGCCCAACAUCCGCUCCUCGUUCCUGGAAGGGGGCGCCAGCGGUCGGCUUCCGCGCCAGUUCCACACAGACAUUGCCAGUGUGAGCGGGCGCUGGUGAGCCCAUGCCAACAGACAGCCUGAAACUGCACAAAUUCCCAUUCCCAACUCCAACCUGAUACACAGUACUGGACCAAAACCUGGACCUUCUGAACCUUCUGUGCCAAAUAAACAAAAGUCUAUGGAUCAGAGGUUAAGGGUCAGAGAACUGUUGAAUAUUAUAUGCAGUGUGGUACAUUAUGCAUUAUGGUACUCAUUUUACAAUGAAGGAAAUGUAGUAAAGGAUGAUUGGAGCUCCUGCACUGUGCUUGUAUAUGGAGCAGGCAGAUUUUUUAUUUAUAUGCUUGUCUUAGGCUUCGACAUACUAAUUCUUUGCACUUUAAGAUGCUAAAUGUUUUGUCCAUGGACAGAUUCGCCUGACUAGACGCGCCUACAUUUUAUUUAAAGCACUUAAAUGGAUAUCAAGCCAAAGUGUUAUAUCCAUAAGGGAAGCUUAUCUCAUCCCACGGCGGAAACAAUCACCAGCCUUUGGUUAUUACUUAUGGAUUUCAUUCAGAGUAGACGGCAUAUUGCAUUUGACAGGAAUGAAAUGGAGCGUACGUCUAUCCCUCACAGGCUUGUUUUCAUUCAGGUCGAAUUAAAGCAGUCUUUCCCCCGAUUGAAUUCCACAGUACUUUCUCUGUACGUUAUUUCUAUACCUAUAAAUAGUUUAUUUUUAAAAGGAAAUUUAAAAAUUUAAAUACGUUCAGUGUAUGACUUUAGUUCUUCUAUGGAAUUCAAAAGAAGAUGCUUCGAAGAAUGUUUCGGCUGUUUUUAUCCAUACAGUGAAAGUCAACUGAGUGCAUUAGUUGGUUCUAGAAGUAUUUAUGCUGUUCAUUUUUCCCAAGCAUUUACAGGUAAUUAACCUUACAAAUAAGAUGUUUUUAAAUAUUUAUGGCCGUUAUAUUUAUAGUAUGAGCUAUAGUCCAAUCUCCAUAAAAGUUGUCAUGCUGCAUGGGCUCACCUAAUUUUAAAUUUGAAUUUUCGUUCAGACAUUAUAUAUAUAUAUAUAUAUAUAUAUAUAUAUAUAUAUAUAUAUAUAUAUAUAUAUAUAUAUAUAUAUAUAUAAAUAUAUAAUAUAACUAAAGUGUAAAGUUUUUAAAAUAACUUUUUUUGAUAAUUAUUCACCUUGAGAGCAGAGAAUUGUACUGCAGUGGUGUUGUUGAAACUGAGCAAAAAAUCAUAGGAAUGGUUAGCAAAAGUAGGAUUUUGAUUUAAUAUUGAAUAAUUAAUAAAUGAUUUGAUUGACAAUAGUGGUUCUUGAGGCAAAGUUGAUUUUUUUUCCGCUUUCAUUUUUUUAAGGCAACUUGUCACACAGGCCCACUGCGUUUCGUUCUGAUUGACUUUCAGGAACCACAUAAUAAGUGAUAAAAUUGGUCAUUGGCCAUUUUGUUUUUCGAGAUAAGUUAUAGCAUUUUUCAUGCUUGUGUCCUCUCUUUUUCCCAUGCAACCUCAGAUUGAGGUCUUACAUAUGUAUAUCGAGCUUUGUGUAAAUAUCUCAUUCCGUUGAAAACUUAUAGCCGUUUUAGGAAAAGUGUGCCUCUUCUGAACGUUUAGGCAUCACUUUGAAUCGAAAACUAAAUUUUUUGCUUAUUAUUUACAUUCACUCUCAUUUUUGUGCACUGGUUUGGUUGAAAAACAUAGCACUAGUUUUUAAAAGUAAGUUUUUCAAAAUCCAAAAAUUCUGUUGUGAUAGAAUCCGUAUAAGACAAGUAUGUUAAGAGUUAUUAGCUAUUCCAUACUAUUGAUCGCUGUAGCGCCCUCCUCAGGCCGAUCGAGGCAAACCUUGAUGAUGUUGUAAAUUUGGUUGGUUUUAUCAUCCAACCAAAGUUUCAGUCUCUAUGCCUUUCGUUUCAGUCUGCCCGGUCACUUUCAGGUCAGAAUGGGGAUCUUUGAAAAUCUUUACGAUAAGGUUUCAGUGCUACACGCUUGAACCACUAAUAAUGUGUGCAGACGGCUUUAACAAAACACUGAACAAAAGUUCUGUCUUUAAAGGUUACAAAUUACCUAUAAAGAUCCGUUUUUAAUUCUAAGCCAACUGGUUGCACUCUUUCGGGUCCAAAACAACGUUAGACCACAUUGACUUUCGAUGUAUCAACAAAGUAUUGCUUUUCGCAGAAGAAGUAAAGUCGUGCAGAAUUAUAAUUUCACUGUUAGUUUUAGAACUUAAUGUCAGCCUGCCGAUAGUAGCUUUCUCAAUAGCGCCUCAGUUUAGCCACUGACAGAAGUGCAAAUUACACCAGCUCUCUUUCAACCGCCUUCCUAAAUGCCGCAGACCACAAAUCUUCACAGGCCUCGCUCCCCGAACCCAGCUUUUUUGUAAAGCCUUGGAAUGCCUCUAAGACCCGAUCACAGCUCAAUCCAUGGCUUUUCUCCUGCACGCGACCAAAGUCUGUUCUGCUUUCUCAGGCAACCCUCUAAAGCGCUUUCUUUGCUUCUCUCUUCUCCGUAUUCUCUCGCCCCUUCUAUCGCGAUCCCGACGCGCUCUUCGUUUUCUUCAGACAUUUCCAAAGCGAGUUUUUCAAUUCUGACUAUAUCUAAAGCUGUGAACGUUGCCAGAUGUGCUCCGAAGGAUUGAAACCACCAAGUGCCUUUUGUCUUGCACUGACAACUUUUCCAAAGUAAUCAAAGACUAUCGAUCUCUCAAAGGUACAAAUGUUUUACUAGGAAGUACCACUUACAAGUAAUCUUGCAAUGCAUUGCUUUAUCUUCACAUGUACGGUAUAUAUUUAGUAUUUUCAUUUAGCUCUUGAGUACGUUGAAAUUGUACCUCACGUGUUAAAGGUACUAUUUAAGUUUGUAUUGUGUGUAUUGUCUUAUUAUGGGUGUUUAUAGACUUAGAUUUACAGACAGUAGCAAUCGGUCAAUUUGUUUAAUGCUUUGUAAUGUUUGUUUUUUAAUCAAAUUGAGAUGACAAAUGAGUGAAACAGUAGCUCUCGGUGUUGCCUAAAAAUAGUAUUAGUAAUAAUAAAAUGCAACAGACUAUGCAAAGAAUCACUUUGCCAUUUUAGAUUUAAAUGUUUCCGUUUAAGCACAUACUGUACGCUUUCGUUGUUUGUCUCUUGUUUUUUUUUCAAACGAAUGAAUUUUAUAGACUUUCGCUUGAUACUGUAUAUCUUAGAUUAGUGCCUUUUAUAUGCAUCGAAUGCCACUUUAGCGAGAGACCAACUGUAAUUCAUUUGUAGAAUUGUUUAGUUCUCUCCCUAAGAGGGAAAAAUAAGGGACAAAUGACGUCUUGACGUUCUGACAUGGCCUUCACAUGGCCGGCACAUUUUUGAGUAUUUUUGGCCAAAGUCAAAUGCGUGACCUCUGGGUUAUGAGGUUGCGUUGAAGUUAAAAACGGGAUAUUCAAGCACAUUAACCAGUAUUGUUCUUCCAAACGUACAUUAGCUGGCCAGUUCCUUGGGAAUGACUUCUUUUUUUUUUUUUAAUCUGUGAGCUUGGCACAGAUUUUGUAAUAUACUCCAUGUUCUAUGAUGAUAGAUUUGUAUAAUUGCCAUAAAUGUGGUUUCGCUGAAUGUUCCUUACAAGUCGAAGGUGUUACGAAAGAAUAAAGCAUAUGCAAACAUUUUCCA